AUGGGCUGCUGCUCGGGGCGCUGCACGCUGAUCUUCCUCUGCACGCUGCAGCUGUUAGCUGCCCUGGAGAGACAAAUUUUCGACUUUCUUGGCUUCCAGUGGGCUCCUAUCCUUGGUAAUUUCCUGCACAUAAUAGUUGUCAUUUUGGGUUUGUUUGGAACCAUACAAUACAGACCUCGGUAUAUAGUUGUGUACUCGGUAUGGACUGCUAUCUGGGUCACAUGGAAUGUUUUCAUUAUCUGCUUCUAUUUGGAAGUAGGUGGGCUUUCUAAGGAAACUGACCUCAUGACUUUUAACAUCUCAAUGCACCGAUCCUGGUGGCGAGAACAUGGACCAGGCUGCAUACGAAGAGUGGUGCGUCCUUCAGCUCCUGGGAUGUUAGAUGAUUUUUCCUAUGUCUCUGUGACAGGCUGCAUCAUUGACUUCCAAUACCUAGAGGUCAUUCACAGCGCCAUCCAAAUAUUACUCUCUUUGAUUGGCUUUGUUUAUGCCUGUUACGUGAUCAGCAUAUUCAUGGAGGAAGAGGACAGCUGUAAGUACUGAAUACACACCUACCCAUCACUGGAGCCACAAUGCUGGGGUCGAAAUAAGUAAUGAGCACUGAUGGAGCUGUACAUGACUUUUAGCAACAUUUUGCUGAGGAAUCAACCUGUUCAAAGGAAGCACCAGCCUUGCAAGACCGUCUCACAGAAGAGACGCAACAUGCACUUAACCUGGACUGUGGAUUCCUCUGCCAACGUGGGACUGAAUAGAUCAGCCACCGACUCAUUUUUCUUAUCAUUGUUGUUAGGUGGAUUCCUGUUAGAUUAUCUUGAAUUUUCUUUUAAUUAUUCACUUUUAUGGACACUUGUAAAUUGUAACUUUUUUUCUUUUUAAAUAAUUUUUAAAAAACAAAUAUCUAAUGUUUAAGGCAUGAAAUAAUUGAAUGUGUGUGAAGUGGGGGGAGGUUUUUUUUCCAGAAUACAGCCAGUAUUUUUGGACUAAUGCAACCAUAGUGUACCUGCAUGUGCUAGUGGUUAUUUCACACAGACAGACAGACAGACAGACAGACAGACACACUUUCCUCAAAAAGCACCAGGUUGUGGGGCAGUAGCAGUGGGGAGCUACAACUGGGACACAACAUUGCGCUUUGCACUUACAGUGGGACAGUUUGCCAUGGGAAGCCACGGUUAAUAGUUUGCCUUGAACGAGGAGAUCACUCCAGCUUUGCUCCACCCCCAGCACAAGCAAAAGCAACAAACCACAACCCUACACUUAGGCACUUCCAGACCACCUGUUUAUUGACCAUUCAUCCUGACUUGUUUGCAGGGAGUGCUGACAACAUUCACUGUUUAAUGAGCAUUCUCUUUGAUUUGCUUGCAGGGUUAGAUGGCACUGACUCAAAUAAAGUAGUAUCCCACACUUUCCAGUGUGUUUCUCUGCCACUUUUCUUAUCACAAAAAGUCCAAUUAGGACGGGGGGGGUGAAUUUGUUGCACCAGAUCUCCAGAUAAGGUAUAAUUGUCCAACCUGAAUUUGCUGGUUGAAUCCAUCUGAAAAUAGUGGCCAUGCGGAAGCCCAAAACAGGGGUGGUGAUCAGUUUCUCUCUGAGUAGAAAGUGUUCUGGAGCCAAUGAUUGUUCUUGGCUUCCUGUUAGUGGCUUGCUUCUUUGAAAGAAACCAUGUUCGAAUGUUAAGGAUUGUGGUUUGUUGCUCCCGCUUGCAAAGGACCAAUCUGCAUGUUCAUGGUAAGCCAUAAGCCAUGAGCCAUAAGCUUACCAUGACAGGCCAGUGAGGACACUUCAAAUCCCAUGAUCAACCUACUAUGUAUGUAGGAAUUCUAAGCUGCAGUUAUUUCCCAUUGAUUGUAAUGAUCACCAUCGUUAUCUAAAUAUCGUAAGAGCCCAGGUCUGUAUGUGCUUACUCAGAUGGAAGCCCCACUGAGUUCAAUGGUGCUUUCUCCCAAGUAAGUAAGUACGGUAUGCAUAAGCAUUUACAACCUAAUUUGCAAAUUGCUUCUUUGCCCAGGUUGCCCCCUUCCAUACAUGCAUUAACUGUUCUUCUUGAUGAUCCAUAGAGAAAUGAAUGGAAACCCUGUUUCAUUCUCCAGAAAUUCAGGGCAUAUGACUGUAAUGUGCACACAUGGUCUUUUAAUUUUUCUCCUAAGAAGGAGCCAAAUAUGAAUUUGUACUACAUUGGGGUAAAGAGCCAAGGGGUGGCACCAACUACAGCCUUACGAUCCUCUGAGGGUUCAUGAUGCCCUUAACUUAAAAGCUGACCAGAAGGCAUUAAUUAUGAAAAUAUGUAUAAAAAUUUGUAAAGUUAUCUGUAAAUACCUUUAGAAUAUGAAUAUGCAUCAAUGUGGCAUUUUGGGUUUUUUUAUUUAGU